AUGGCUUCGGACGACGGUGAGCGCCCUCCUAAAGAGCUGCUUCAACCAAUCACUCAGUUUCAAGCUCCGCAAUCGAAUCUCGCCUCUUCACCUAUGAUAAUUCAAACAGCUUCAACAAUUAAAAAACCAUAUCAAAGUACUUUUUCUUCACGUGAUGAAGAAAUAAAAUAUACACAAAAGCUCUUAGAUAAUUGUACACUUUAUAAUGGUGAUCCGGAUAAUUUAAUGUCUUGUUUAAGAGACACAGGUGCAUUUAUUGUUAAAGAAAGUUAUCCAGAAACCGAUCAUCCAUUUAUUAUUCGUCAUUUACUAACCGAUGAUGCACUUGAUUAUUAUCUAGCUCAUGAAGACAUGAUUUUCAAUUUUUAUGAUCUUCGUAAAUUAUUAUUACAUAAACAAAAUGUAUUAGCACCUUUACGUACCUUGCCAACCCUUGAUUCCAUCGUCACUUUAUCUUUAACUGCUGCACCUCCUGUUCUCACGUCUACUCAACUUCCUACUUCUACCACUGAAAAAACAACAGCUAUGACCACGUAUACCUUCGCUCAAUCACUAGAAGAUUUAACACAAAAUGAUAUUCGAAAAACUAUUAUUGAAGAUUUACAGCGAAGUACUACAAAAUUUACGGGUGAACAUCGGCAAGACGUUCUUAAAUGGCUGAAAACCAUUGAAAUUAAAUUCGAAACGGCAGACAUUCCAACUGUUAAGAAAUUCGAUUUAAUUCCACAAUUACUUGAUAAAGGAGCACUUGAUUGGUUUCAAGAUAAUAAGACGAACUUUAACAAUUCUUGGAGCGUCUUCGUUGACCAUUUCAAAAGAACAUUUGAUUCGCCAAAUCGUGCUAGAAUUGCAAUGCAAAAGCUUAAUUCUUACGCUCAAUCACCAAACCAAGACAUUCGAAGUUUCUGCAGUGAAAUACGCAAACUAUUUUCGGAAGCUGACUCCCAUAUGAGUUCCUCGAUGAAAUUAGAAUUUUUGUUAGCGAAAGUGAAUCCUACUUAUCGCCUUGAUUUACUGAAACAGAAACCAAAAGAUCCGACCGAAUUUGAAGCAAUGGCACGUGAUAUUGAAAAUAUCUAUCUGGUACAUGAAGCCAUUGAACAAAAUACGCAAUUCAAUACAUCAUGUUCUGCUUCAACUUCCGCUCUCCUGCCUGAUUCAUCUUACCAACCCUUGUCAAAUUAUCAACAAUCGCCUCGCACUACCAAUUACAAUAGUAAUAACCGAUACACCUCAUCGUUCCACAACAAAGCUAAUUACUCGCCACGAUUUUCUUUCAGACCUUCUUCUAGACAACAUCAUACACCGUCGUUCCAAUCUUCUACUAAUCGUCAGUUCGGUAGCGCUGCCAAUCCUCGCAACAUCACUCGUCAAAAUCUUUUCAACUUCCAGAUUCCUUCUUCAACACAACAGUUACAACCACCGUUAUCAACCCUUAACAUUUCUCCACUUAUGCCACCGUCGUCUUCCGUUCCUCCAACGCAAUUGUCGCAACCGACUUCAACAGCAGCUGCCAUUACUUGUCAAUGGUGUUCUCAAUCCGGUCAUUCAACUCUGGAUUGUCCUUUUUACGGACAGAGCCAAUGA